AUGCCACAACUUGCGCUCCAGAGCCAGAGCGUCGAAGCUUCUGUUGCUUCUGCUAAUAACUCCGUCACUACUCCUAUCGAAUCCAACUUCCUCGAUCGUGCUCGUUCACCUGUCGAAGUCCCCGUCGGCGAUAGUCCUACCGUUGGUCGUGUCAUUCGCGCAAGCCCAAGUCUUCCCUCAUUCUCACUCGGUUCCUUGUCGCCAGGUUCUAGAUCUCCUCGACCAGCGAUUUCGAGCCCACUUAAGACAGCUUCCAACUUUCCUUACGAACAAGCAAGUCCUAGUCCGCGAAGUACCACCUUUCCAAGUCGAUCUACACCAACACCAACAUACCGAACCAAUACGGAGCCCGAAACUUCUUCGAGCCUCGUUAAAGAGACCUCGUUUCUUAGCGACUCCUCCGACGAAGGAUCACCGGAACCACCUCUAAGCCCCAGACAGGGCUAUACAGGCAGUCCGAAUGGGUUGCGAACCGUCUCCGAGCCUCUAAAUUCGAAGCCUGCUACAGGCUCAGACUCGACCUUGUCUCCGACCAUGGCUGGUCCGGUAGCUGCGGCCCAGGCCGAAUCUUCCAGACUUACUCGAAAUUCUUCUAUUGACUCGGCCAUCUCAGCAAUUUCAACCAAGUCUGGUUCAAACACCAACACCGAUGGCCAACAUGGACCUUCAGAAAUCGCCCACCUUGUUAAAACGGCGGGCAGUCCCGAAACCCUAAUCCAAUAUUUGCUAAAGGAGAAGCAUUCUCAGUCACAGCAAAAUAGCCAGUUAUGGCGCCUGGUGGAUAAGCAACGAGCUAUGAUUCUGGGCCUUAACAAGGACCUUGAAAGAGCUCUAAAAGACAAGGAGAAGUACAGAAAGAAGCUAAAAGAGGUCAUGUCGCUUCCAUCAGCUCCGUUGUCAUCAAACGAUGACGCAAAAGAGCCCACGAAAGCACCUGCUCCCUCAGCCGCCGGGGCUGACUUACAGCGGGCCAAGGAGCAGACCAUAACUCCAGAAUCGCCUAUUCUCGAAGCCGAAAGCCCAAGAAAUUCGCCGAUCGACAUCUCCAUGGCGCCUUAUCCCAUCACUCCACCAGCAGACCAGCUCAGUGCUCCACAUUCAGCCGUUGGCGAGCUGUUAAACCCUGCGCAUGCGAUGCCCAAGCCCCAAGACCACGCUCUGGACAAAUAUGACCACGAGGCCGAGGAGCGCGCUGCGGACUUCGCACGGAAGGAGAAGUCGGGCAAGCUGGAGGAACCACUAAAGGAGAUCCCCUACAACGUCUCUAUCCCACCAUCACGCAGCCUCCCAAGUGAACCGCCCAAGAUGCCACCACCUAUUCCUCCAGUGACACAUCUCCCAACGGUCGCUGUUCUCGAGGCCACUCCUCAGCCUGAUGAAGGCCUUUCCAAGUUUCCAGUGCCUCCACCAAGGAAACCACCACCUGCACCCUUGAAACUAAACAAGGAAUUGAGAACACAUCUAAGCCCCUCCCCCGAAGAAGAGGAAGAAACAGAAUCCGAUUAUGACGACAUCUUGGAAGUUGAUGAGAUUGUUAACGAUCGCCGUGGACGCCGGAGAACCCGAGAAGAGGAUGAUCGAGAUCGUGAAAUUAUUGCUAUAAAGGAAGCUGCUGCACGUAGUGCGUCCAAGAAGAGCAAGUCGAGCAAAUCUAGCCAGCCUGGAUCCCCACGAGACACAGCCCAGGUCCCUGCACCAGAAGUCGGGACAGCCUCACUGGGAGAGAUGCUAAGUACAAUCAAGACCAGGGAAAUCCCUGCGCCUUUGUUGAGCCCGGGCCUACCCGCAAGCCCCCGGCCUUCUAACUUCACUUCGCCGCCUUUGUCACCAAGAUCGAUACCGUUUCAAGCAGCACCUCUUUCUCCAAGACCACCUCGCCAACCUAUUCCAUUGCCGCCAAAUACUCCGUUAGCAACACCUGCUACACAUCCAGCGCGGGCAUCCGAAAACAGCGUUGUUUCUGAAGGAGCGUCCCAAAGACCAGGCGCUGCGCAGCAAGAAGUCGGCCACGCGGACCAACCCACUCCCAGAAUGUCAAGCCCUAACGAACGCACCGAGGUUUACAGGGGCUUGGUGACGGACGAGUACCCGGACCUCUUGCUGCCACCAAAUGCGUUGCCCUCUAUUAAGAUUAUGGUAGCGUCUUCUCGCAUGAAGCCGUCUCGCGCGAGUAUGAUGUCCCUGACUCAACUCGAGGAAGACCCUGUUUUCACUCUUGCCAUUAUCUCGCGCUCUGACAAUGGCGAGCUUUGGCGGAUUGAAAAGGACUUGGCGUCGUUGACAAGACUUGAUCAGCGACUGAAGCAGUGUGCGUCUUACACAGUGAGGGCACCUGACCGUUCUCUUUUCAGCGGUCAUGCGCCAGCCAAGCUCGAUGCUCGUAGGACGAUCCUGGAGCAGUUCAUGGACGACAUUCUAGAUAUUCCUUUUGACACAAAGACUGCCAUCGAACUCUGCAAGUACCUGUCAUCUCACGUUCUACCACCUAACCUGGACGAUGCAGCAUCCUUGGGUGAUUCAGGAUCUGAAAUUACCGGUAACAAGAUUGGACCCGAUGGACGACCUCGUCGUAGCGGCUACCUAACCAAGAAGGGCAAGAACUUCGGUGGUUGGAAAGCUAGGUACUUUGUCUUGAACGGACCACUGCUGAAGUACUUUGAAGUUCCUGGUGGCGCGCAUUUGGGAACUAUUAAGCUCCAGGGCGCACAGAUUGGAAAGCAGAAUCAGAACAGCGACAACCAGUCGCCAGCGCACGCCGCCAAUGGCGACGAACUGGAUAACCAGUUCCGUCACGCUUUCCUCAUCCUGGAACCCAAGAAGAAGGAUACCAGCAGCCAUUUUAGACACGUCCUUUGUGCAGAAAGCGACAAAGAGCGAGAUCUCUGGGUUGACGCUCUUAUGCAAUGGGUCGAUUAUCGCGACCCCGAAGACACUGAACCACCACUGACAUCAAGAAGCGGCCACGCUCACGAUCGUCAAACACCAGGUCAUGACCACCGUACUGAGCAUCGUACUGACCACCGUCUCGAACCUCCUCAUUCCGGCAAAGUUCGCAAGGUGCCCAGAAAAUCCUACCAUCACCCCUCAGACUCCGAUACGUUGGUUGGUGUUCGAUAUGAUUCCACUCAAGCGGGAGAUGCCCCCCAAGUCACUGGUCCCGCACGACCGAAGACUUCGGGUGGUCUCCCUGAAACACCCCAUGCCCAUGGAUUCGACACCUUCUCUUCAUCGCAGAACAAGCUUAUCUCAGGUCCUAGGGAUCCUCAGCCUAUCUCAGACCUGGGUGCUUGGGGAAACAAGCCAAACCUCCCAACUGCCGAUGAGAAGAAGGUAAGGAAGCGAAGCUUCUUCGGGUUUGGACCAAAGACUCGGUCCUCAUCUGAAGGCCAAGACUCAUUGUUUGGUGGCAGCGAGGGCGGCGCAAAUGCGACACCUCCCCAGAACUCUUACCAAGGCCCCGUGCGACAAGCUUUCGGAGCACCACUGGGCGAGGCUGUUCGAUAUUGUUCUCCUACGGAUGUGAACGUGCCUCUUCCGGCUGUUGUCUACCGAUGUAUCCAAUAUCUGGAUUCUAAGAACGCUAUUCUUGAAGAAGGAAUCUUCCGUUUGAGUGGCUCUAACAUCGUCAUUAAACAGCUCCGAGAACGAUUCAACACUGAAGGAGACAUUAACCUGACCACUGAUCGCCAAUAUUACGAUAUCCAUGCAGUGGCUUCGUUGUUGAAGCUCUAUCUGCGGGAGCUACCAACCACAAUUCUUACUCGAGAUCUACACAACGAAUUCCUGACAACAAUGGAGAUUACCGACCAUGCGGAGAAGAUGUCAGCAUUGGGCGAGCUGGUUCAGCGACUUCCUCAGGCCAAUGCGACGCUGCUCAAGUAUCUGAUUGGCUUCUUGAUCAAGAUUAUCAACAACGCGGAUAUGAACAAGAUGACGGUCCGCAACGUUGGCAUUGUCUUUUCACCGACCCUCAACAUACCAGCACCAGUUUUCGCAAUGUUCCUGCAGAACUAUGAGGGUAUCUUCGGCAUCGACCCCGAGGUUUAUGAGCUCCCCUCGCCCGUCUCCGAACCGGAACUACAGCGAUUUGAGGCACCGCCACGAUUUGACGUUUCUGCUCGUCCAUCUACCGCUGGUAGUUCAUCUCCCCAUGGCCAGAUGCGACCAAACGCGCAACGAUCAACCCCUACGCCUCCCCUUCUUGUCAACAACGCCCCCAUGCGAUAUUCACCCCCUUCAAGCGCAUCCAGACCCGGCUACGACCCCUCAGCCGGCGCUUUUGAUGGUGGCUACCGGCCACCUUCGGCAAACGAUAGACGCAUGCUGCAAGCCUCAUAUGAAGACCUCGGCAGUGCUUCCGCAUCAUAUGAUUCCAUGCCAAGCAGCAGACGUCGCGAGAGUUCCAUCUUCAUGGGUGGCAUGAUGGGACCCCAGCACCAGGGAUCGAAGAGCCGUUUGAGAGAGGAAACGCGGUUCUAA